UUUAUGAUAAUCAGUAAAUUUUUGAUAUAAUUUUGCAAGGUAAUCUGUCAAUUUUUUCUUCCAUAGAAAGAGUAUGUCCAGUUAGUUACUGAAAUGAGAAUGACUCAAGCAAUUGGCCACCAAAUAAACGCAUUCACUGAAGGAUUCUAUGAGAUAAUACCUCACCAUUUAAUAUCAUUAUUUGAUGAAUAUGAACUGGAGCUACUGUUGUCUGGUCUACCUGAUAUUGAUGUUAAGGACUGGAUUAAGAACACUGAUUAUAAUGGGUACAGUGAAGAACACCCUGUAAUUAAGUGGUUCUGGGAGGUUGUUGAAAUGAUGGAUAAAAAGACUUUAGCUAUUUUAUUGCAGUUUGUGACCGGAAGUUCUAGGGUUCCUCUUGGUGGUUUUGCUAAUCUUGUUGGUGCCUCUGGUCUUACGAAGUUCACAAUAUCUCAGUUGAACUAUGAACCUAACAGACUACCAAUGGCAAGUACUUGUUUUAAUUUAUUGAAAUUGCCCGAGUACCCAAAUAAGGACAUUCUUAAGGAAAGGCUCAACUUUGCACUAACUUGUGGGACAAGUCUCAUUGACAUCACAUGACAUCGUAUGACAUCAUAUGACAUCAUAGUAGUGCAAUAAUUAAUUACAAUAGUAGCAUUUAUCGUGUGAUUUUAAUUCAUUUUAUUUUUUUAUAAUGUGAUGCAU